UGUUGAUCUUGAUGCCCUACUCGACAUGUCCACUGAUGAGCUCGUCAAGCUUUUCCAUGCCCGUGCUCGCAGAAGGUUCCAGCGGGGUUUGAAGAGGAAGCCCAUGGCUUUAAUUAAGAAGCUGCGUAAGGCGAAACGUGAGGCCCCACCUGGCGAGAAGCCUGAAAUUGUCAAAACCCACCUGCGAAAUAUGAUCAUUGUCCCUGAGAUG